UAAAUGUUAAUACGGGGUACUAUACCGGGGUCAUUUGGACUGUUCUUCUUUGGAGUACUCCGUCAAUCGCAGGACGCUCCAAGCCCCAACUUUCCAAAUUCCAAAUCCCCUCCUCAUCAUCAAACUUUGACUGGCCCAAUCAACCUGCCAGGAUGACUAAGAAGGCCCUGAGUGAGGACGAAAAGUUCCUCUUCCUGGACAAGGACUUCAUCAACAGUCCAAUGGCCCAGGCUGACUGGUCGGCCAAGAAGCUGGUGUGGAUCCCCUCUGAGAAGCAAGGCUUCGAGGCUGCCAGCGUCAAGGAGGAGCAUGGGGACGAGGUCCUGGUGGAGCUGGCCGACAACGGGAAGAAGAUGACGGUGAACAAGGACGACAUCCAGAAGAUGAACCCGCCCAAGUUCAGCAAGGUGGAGGACAUGGCCGAGCUCACCUGCCUGAACGAGGCUUCGGUGCUGCACAACAUCAGGGAGAGGUACUUCUCUGGCCUCAUCUACACAUAUUCCGGCCUGUUCUGCGUGGUGGUGAACCCUUACAAGAUGCUGCCCAUCUACUCUGAGAAGAUCAUUGACAUGUACAAGGGCAAGAAGCGCCACGAGGUGCCCCCUCACAUCUACUCCAUCUCUGACAAUGCCUACAGAAACAUGAUGCAAGAUCGUGAGGACCAGUCCAUUCUUUGCACUGGAGAGUCUGGUGCAGGAAAGACAGAGAACACCAAGAAGGUCAUCCAAUAUCUGGCCGUAGUUGCUUCCUCCCACAAAGGCAAAAAGGACACCAGUGCUCAACAAUCAGGAACAAACUUUGCCUACGGAGAGCUGGAGAAACAGCUGCUGCAGGCUAAUCCCAUUCUGGAGGCUUUUGGUAACGCCAAGACCAUCAAAAACGACAACUCAUCGCGAUUUGGUAAAUUCAUCCGCAUCAACUUUGAUGUGACUGGCUACAUCGUCGGUGCCAACAUAGAAACUUACCUGCUGGAAAAGUCUCGUUGUAUCCGCCAAGCCAACACAGAGAGAGCCUUCCACAUCUUCUACUACAUGGUGGCCGGUGUCAAGGACAAGCUACGUGAGGACCUGCUGCUGGAGAAUUUCAACAAGUACCGUUUCCUGAGUGCUGGCAAUGUCUCGAUCGCUGGCCAGCAGGACGAUGAGAUGUACGAGGAGACAAUGGAGGCCAUGAACAUUAUGGGUUUCUCUGAAGAAGAGAGGAUGGGCAUCCUGAAGGUAUGCUCCUCAGUGCUGCAGCUGGGGAACAUUGAGUUUAAGAAGGAGAGGAACCAGGAACAGGCAACCAUGCCUGACAACACAGCUGCCCAGAAGGUGUGCCAUCUUCAGGGCAUCAAUGUGGUAGACUUCACCCGAGCCAUCCUCACUCCACGCAUUAAAGUGGGCCGAGAGGUUGUGCAGAAGGCACAGACCAAAGAACAGGCCGACUUUGCCAUCGAGGCCCUGGCUAAGGCGAUGUUUGAACGCCUGUUCCGCUGGCUCCUGGCUCGCGUCAACAAGGCUCUGGAUAAGACCAAGCGCCAGGGCGCCUCAUUCCUGGGCAUUCUUGACAUCGCUGGCUUUGAGAUUUUUGAGAAUAACUCGUUUGAGCAGCUGUGCAUCAACUACACCAACGAGCGCCUGCAGCAGCUGUUCAACCACACCAUGUUCAUCCUGGAGCAGGAGGAGUACCAGAGGGAGGGCAUUGAGUGGAACUUCAUAGACUUCGGUCUAGACCUGCAACCCUGCAUCGAGCUCAUUGAGAGGCCGAACAACCCUCCAGGUAUCUUGGCUCUGCUGGAUGAGGAGUGUUGGUUCCCCAAAGCCACAGAUAUUUCCUUCGUAGAGAAGCUGAUGAACACCCAUGUCAACCAUGUCAAGUUUGCCAAACCCAAACAGCUCAAAGACAAGACUGAGUUCUCUGUGCUCCACUAUGCUGGGAAGGUGGACUACAACGCUUCUGCAUGGCUGACCAAGAACAUGGACCCACUCAAUGACAAUGUCACAACCCUGCUUAUCAGCUCUGUCAGCCCCUUUAUCCAAGACCUCUGGAAAGAUGGUGACCGCGUUGUUGGCCUGGAUGCCCUUGCCAAGAUGACCGACAGCUCCAUGCCCAGUGCCUCCAAGACCAAGAAGGGAAUGUUCCGGACAGUAGGCCAGCUCUACAAGGAGUCCCUGACCAAGCUAAUGACCACCCUGCACAACACCCAGCCAAACUUCGUACGCUGUAUCAUCCCUAACCACGAGAAGAGGGCGGGAAAGCUGGAUGCUAAUCUGGUCUUGGAGCAACUGAGGUGUAACGGUGUGUUGGAGGGAAUCCGUAUCUGUCGCCAAGGGUUCCCCAACCGCAUUGUUUUCCAGGAGUUCCGACAGCGUUAUGAGAUAUUGGCAGCUAAUGCUAUCCCUAAAGGAUUCAUGGAUGGCAAACAAGCUUGCUGCCUUAUGAUCAAACACCUGGACCUGGACCCAAACUUGUACCGGAUUGGUCAGAGUAAGAUCUUCUUCCGUACCGGCGUGUUGGCUCAACUGGAGGAAGAGAGAGAUUUGAAGAUCACCGUGGUGAUCAUAGCCUUCCAGUCGCAGGCCAGAGGGUUCCUGGCCAGAAAGGCCUUUGCUAAGAGGCAGCAGCAACUGACAGCAAUGAAGGUGAUCCAGAGGAACUGUGCUGCCUACCUCAAACUCAGGAACUGGCAGUGGUGGAGACUCUUUACCAAGGUCAAGCCUUUGCUGCAAGUGACACGCCAAGAGGAGGAGAUGGGUAUGAAGGACGAAGAACUUAAAACAGCCAAAGACAGCGCAAUAAAGUUUGAGUCCGAGUUAAAGGAGAUCACCUUGAAACAUACAACGGUUCUCGAGGAGAGGAACACGUUGCAGGAGCAGCUGCAGGCGGAGACAGAGCUGUACGCCGAGGCGGAGGAGAUGAGGGUACGCCUGGCUUCUAAGAAGCAGGAGCUGGAGGAGAUCCUCCAUGAGAUGGAGGCCAGGCUGGAGGAGGAGGAGGACCGGGCUCAGGCGCUGCAAGUGGAGAAGAAGAAGAUGCAGCAGCAGAUGCAGGACCUGGAGGAGCAUCUUGAGGAAGAGGAGGAUGCUCGUCAGAAGCUGCAGCUGGAAAAGGUGACUUGUGAGGGCAAGGUCAAGAAGCUGGAGGACGACGUCUUGGUGAUGGAGGACCAAAACAACAAGCUACUGAAGGAGAGAAAACUGAUGGAAGAGAGGAUAGCAGAUUUUAGCUCCAACCUGGCAGAGGAGGAGGAGAAGUCCAAAAACUUGACCAAGCUCAAGAACAAACAUGAGUCCAUGAUAUCUGAACUGGAGGUCCGUCUGAAGAAAGAAGAGAAGGGUCGCCAGGAGCUGGACAAGGCCAAGCGUAAGCUUGAGGCCGAGUCAAACGACCUUCAGGAACAGAUCGCUGACCUUCAAGCCCAGAUUGCCGACCUCAAAGCCCAGCUCGCCAAGAAAGAGGAGGAGCUCCAGGCCGCUCUGGCGAGGCUGGAGGACGAGAUGGCCCAGAAGAACAACGCGCUGAAGAAGAUCCGGGAGCUGGAAGGCCACAUCUCAGACCUGCAGGAGGACGUGGAUUCCGAGAGGCAGGCCAGAAACAAGGCUGAGAAGACCAAGCGAGACCUGGGCGAGGAGCUGGAGGCCCUCAAGUCGGAGCUGGAGGACACGCUGGAUAGCACAGCCACCCAGCAAGAGCUCAGGGCUAAGAGAGAGCAGGAGGUCACCCUGCUCAAGCGAGCCAUGGAGGACGAGAACCGCACCCAUGAGGCCCAGGUUCAGGAGAUGAGACAGAAACACACACAGGCUGCGGAGGAGCUCACCGAGCAGCUUGAGCAGUCCAAACGGGUGAAGUCAAACCUGGAGAAGGCCAAGCAGGCACUGGAGAAGGAGACAUCGGACCUGACCAUUGAGGUGCGCUCGCUGGUCCAGGCCAAGCAAGAUGGCGAAAACAAGAGGAAGAAGCUGGAGGGCCAGCUGACCGACCUACAGUCGCGCUUCAACGAUGGCGAGAGGCAGAAGGGCGAGCUGGGAGAACGUUGCACCAAGAUCACGAUUGAGUUGGAGAGUGUCACCAACCUCUUGAAUGAAGCUGAGGGCAAGAACAUUAAGCUGAGCAAAGAUGUCACCACACUGAGCUCCCAAGUUCAAGAUACACAGGAGUUGCUAGCGGAGGAAACUCGUCAGAAGCUGCAGUUCUCCACCCGCCUGCGUCAGAUGGAGGACGACAAGAACAGCCUGCAGGAGCAGCUGGAUGAGGAGGUGGAGGCCAAGAGGAACGUGGAGAGACACGUCUCCACUCUCAACAUCCAGCUGUCAGACUCCAAAAAGAAGCUGGAGGAAAUGGCUGGAAACGUUGAGCUCCUGGAGGAGAGCAAGAAACGUCUACAGAGGGACCUGGAAGCCUCCAGUACCCAGUUUGAGGAGAAGGCCUCAGCCUACGACAAGUUGGAGAAGACCAAGAACCGUCUGCAGCAGGAGCUGGAGGACAUCUUGAUGGACUUGGACAACCAAAGGCAGAUUGUCUCCAAUCUGGAGAAGAAGCAGAAGAAGUUUGACCAGAUGUUGGCGGAGGAGAAGAGCAUCUCCAGCAAGUACGCGGAUGAGAGGGACCGUGCGGAGGCGGAGGCCAGGGAGAAGGAGACCAAGACUCUGUCCCUGGCCCGGGCUCUGGAGGAGGCCCAGGACUCCAGAGAGGAGCUGGAGAGAGCCAACAAGGCCCUGAGGAUCGAGAUGGAGGACCUGGUCAGCUCCAAGGACGAUGUGGGCAAGAGCGUCCACGAGCUGGAGAAGUCCAAGCGUGGCCUGGACGCCCAGGUGGAGGAGAUGAAGACCCAGCUGGAGGAGCUGGAGGACGAGCUGCAGGCAGCCGAGGACGCCAAGCUGCGUCUGGAGGUCAACAUGCAGGCCCUCAAGGCCCAGUUCGAAAGGGACCUGUUGGGACGUGACGAGCAGGGAGAGGAGAAGAAGAGGCAGCUCAUCAAACAGGUGCGUGAGUUGGAGACAGAGCUGGAGGACGAGCGCAAGCAGAAAGCCACGGUGGCGGCGUCCAAGAAGAAGAUGGAGGGAGACAUAAAGGACCUGGAGGGACAGAUCGAGACCUCCAACAAGGGACGGGAUGAGGCCAUCAAACAACUGCGCAAGCUCCAGGCUCAGAUGAAGGACUACCAGAGGGAGCUGGACGAUGCACGUGCGGCCAGGGAGGAGGUUCUGACCACGGCCAAGGAGAGCGAGAGGAAGGCCAAGAGUCUGGAGGCUGAGCUCAUGCAGGUCCAAGAGGACCUAGCAGCUGCUGACAGGGCACGGAAGCAAGCAGAGGCUGAGAGAGAUGAGCUUUCUGAUGAGCUGGCAAGCAACUCUUCGGGAAAGUCGGCCUUGUCUGAUGAGAAGCGUCGCCUGGAAGCCAAGAUUUCUCAGCUGGAGGAGGAGUUGGAAGAGGAGCAGAGCAACAUGGAGAUCAUCAACGACAGGCUGAGGAAGAGCACGCAACAGGUGGACCAGCUGAACAACGAGUUGCAGACGGAGCGCACCACCUCCCAGAAGAACGAGAGUGCCCGUCAGCAGAUGGAGAGGCAGAACAAGGAGCUGAAAGCCAAGCUCCAGGAGAUGGAGAACCAGGUCAAGUCCAAGUUCAAGUCAUCUAUCACCGCCCUGGAGGCCAAGGUGGCUCAGCUGGAGGAGCAGCUGGAACAGGAGAGCAGGGAGAAGCAGGCCUCUGCCAAGGGAAUGCGUCAGAAGGACAAGAAGCUGAAGGAUCUGAUGCUUCAGGUGGAGGAUGAGAGGAAACAGGCAGAGCAGUACAAAGACCAGGCGGACAAGUCUACGGCUCGGAUGAAGCAGCUGAAGAGGCAGCUGGAAGAGUCGGAGGAGGAGUCCCAGCGCAUCACCGCCGGCCGCAGGAAGGUGCAGCGCGAGCUGGACGAGUCCACAGAGGCUAACGACGCACUGACCCGUGAGGUCAACUCCCUCAAGAGCAAACUCAGAGGCAACCCAGAGCCAAAGGAGUAAUGUUGCAGGCGUGGCAACGAGCCCUCCUUCAGCAGUGCACCACGGCGUGCCGGGGGAGGUGGCGGUGGCCGGAGGGUAAUCGAGGAUGAAGAAGAUGGAGAUUCACAGGGUGACUUCAACGGAACCAAGUCUGCCGAGUAGAAGAAAAGGAAUUCACUCUCCCGACACGAUCAGAAUCAAUAUUGCAUAACAGGCAGAAAUCCAACACCAGACAUCAUCCAGAAAGCCUCAAUGUUUCUUAGUCCAGAUCACUUCAAAUUGAUUCGUUUUCUAUUUCCUAGAGCACCUUUUUAACAUUCUAUAACCAACCAAAGAGGUUUUGAGAGUGUCAUUGUGUUGAUGAUUGUUUUGCUGUUCUUUGCUGGCACUGUUUUUCUACUGCACUGAAUGACUAUAUUUUCUUUUUUGAAUUAUUUUGCGCCCUCUUAAGGUACAUCAUUCUUUAUUCCCCUUUCACCUAAAAGGAAAGUCAAGUAUCCCUUUCAGCCACUUUCAAACUUUAUCGGAUUUUUUUAUACAUCUAUGUUGAUAUAUUUAGAGUUUAUGUAAAUCUAUUAUCUUA